AUGGACGUCGCUCGGGAGAUCUUCUACCAGACUAUCACCGAGACCGUGACCCUGCUCGCCCGCGCCGAUGCCACCUCCGCAACGGCUUCAAGUGCGACAGGCACUCACAGCGCAUCUGCGACAGCCACAGCAGCCGCCAAGGCACAACGGCCAGCCUCAUACAAGAUCGUUGGAAUAUGUCUAGCUGUAGCCUCAGGACUCUUCAUUGGCGUCUCCUUUGUCAUGAAGAAGGUCGGACUACUGAAAGCAAACGUCAAAUACCAAGAGGAGGCUGGAGAGGGCUAUGGGUAUCUCAAGAACGCUUACUGGUGGGGCGGCAUGACUCUCAUGAUUGUGGGCGAGAUCUGCAACUUUGUCGCCUAUGCCUUUACCGAUGCUAUCUUGGUCACACCUCUAGGUGCACUAUCCGUGGUCAUCACGACGAUUUUGAGCGCUGUUUUUCUCAAAGAACGGCUGAGUUUCGUGGGCAAGAUCGGGUGUGCCAUUUGCAUUCUCGGAUCAAUCAUCAUCCCGCUCAACGCGCCCGAGCAAAGCGCUGUGGCGAACAUACAGGAGAUGCAACAUUACGUGAUCACCCCUGGCUUUCUCUCGUAUGCUGGCGUCAUCAUACUGGGAUGCGUCUUCACUGCCUUCUGGGCUGGACCUAGAUACGGCAAGAAGAGUAUGCUGGUAUACCUCACCAUCUGCAGUCUGAUCGGCGGCCUGAGCGUGGUCAGUACCCAAGGCUUAGGUUCCGCGAUUGUGGCGCAGAUCAAUGGCGAGGCACAGUUCAACAAGUGGUUCUUAUAUGUGCUGUUCGUGUUCGUCAUAUGCACGUUGGUGACGGAAAUCAUCUAUCUCAACAAAGCAUUGAAUCUCUUCAACGCAUCUCUGGUGACGCCAACAUAUUACGUCUACUUUACCUCAUCAACGAUCGUGGCCAGCGCCGUGCUCUUCCAGGGUCUGCACGGCACAGUCAUCCAGAUCGUGGAUGUCGUCCUUGGAUUCAUGGUCAUUUGUAGUGGUGUUGUACUCCUGCAAUUAGCCAAAUCAGCCAAGGACGUGCCAGACACAGCAGUAUUCAAAGGCGAUCUGGAUCAGAUACGCACAGUCGCCGAAGUCGAGGAACCCGAAUAUGAGCCAAGAGCUGACACGAUUCGCGGCGGUGCUGGUAUUGUCCGAGCCAUGAGCAAAAUCCGCACGAAACGACAAGCAGACGAAGUGAAGCGGAUACACGAAGAGCUCAAUCCGGUCAACGAGAAUGAGGAAUUUGAGUGGGACGGGUUGCGAAGACGCAAAACCGUCUCAUCUGCUGGUCGUAGUGGGACUGGUAGUCUGUCUCGUCGGAAAACAGUGCACCCGCCACUCGGUAUGUCACGCUUCCCGGAUCACGACGACGCUGUUAGUGAGCCUGAUAGCGAGGUCCACCCCGGUUUUUUCGGCCGCAUUGGGCGCAUGGGACAUCGCGACUCGCAGAGUCACAGAGGUAGCAGAAGUGGACGCUCUCCCGUGCCGUUGUCGACCGUAGCACCAGUAAAGAUGGAGCUCACGAGUGCCGAAGGUGAUCACGCAGACCAACCAGAGCAUAUCUACGGUCUGCCAUCUGGGCUGCGGAAAGUCAACUCUCAUGAUGGAGCAGAAGAUACCGCCUAUAAAGGUGCAGCAGGCGGCGACACACCACAUAUUCGCUUCGCAGGCUCCGAGCAAGAAGCUCGUGAGCGUGCCUCAUCACGCGGAAGCAGUCUCGCGCCACCACAACCUCCUCCACAUGUUCGGCCGGCACAGGGUGCCACCGGAGGUGGGAAGAGACAAUUCAGUUUCCAGAAUCCUUUCCACCGCAAAUCGCAUGUCGAGACAGCCGAAGACGACCGACCAACAAGCCGUGGUGCCUUCUCCUACAGCAGUCGUGGCUCCGCUCGCGAGUACCCUACCGGUUCAGCAACCACCGAAGAAGAGCGGUUGGGCCUUGUGCAGGGCGAUAGCUCGAAUCCUACCUUACCACGCUACACCGAGGAGCCGGAAGAAGGCAUGGGGAUGCCUCACGGACAGCAUGGAAGGCGGAACAGCAGUGAUGAUUGGCAAAUCACAAGCGGGAACUCGAGUUCUCCAGAAGUGUUAGGGGCGACUGGGGAUCUGGGACGGCAACGAAGGACGAGGGAUCCCUAUGCUGAUGUCAGUGACGAAGGCGAGGAGCUGUAUGAUGAGCCACUGCGUAGUCCUAUCACACGGGAUGAUCCUAGUGGCAGAGGUGGAGGAGGCAAAAGAGGAGCGUUCGUGUAG